UGCAAUGUCCAAAAAUUCUCUGACAUUUAUUUUUUAUAUUUAUUUGAAGUCAUUUUAACUAAUAAAACAUUUACAAUGGCACAUGUAUACCAAUUUUAUGAAGAAUCUCAACAUACGGAAACUGUUAUAGUCCACUCUUACAAAACAUACAAUGAAAUAUCGAACAAAAUCCACAGAGCUGCCGUUAUUAUCCAAAGCUUCUUCAAAGGUAUAGUAGUUAGAGCCCAGAUAAGGAGAAUGAACGCAGCUGCUACUGUGAUCCAACGAUAUUGUAGAGGUUGGCUUCUAAGAUAUCAUCUACCGGACAUUAUGGCAAAAGUAUAUGAGAGAAUGUGCAUUAAGCAGUAUAAUACUGCUGCUAUUAAGAUACAGGCCAGAUGGAGAGGAUACUUAGUACGAAAGUAUAAGAUCUGUGUGAAAGAAAUAAUAGAAAUGAGACACACGGCCGAAAAGGCUAACAAAGAUAUAAAAGAGCAGUUACAACGACCUUUUAGCGAAAUUGGAUUGGACGAAUUUCAGUGUAAUACAAAAGAUGCUCAAAAGGUGUUUGAGAUACUGUUCGACCGACAUCAUCUACUACGAACUCAACAUAUAGAAGGAGUACUAUCCCAGACAGGCACACAGGAGCUCUCAGAACUGGAAAAAUUACUGAAAUUAAUUUCUUGGAAGGACUACAUCAAGGAAAUUCAUAAGAUUUACUACAAGUUAUAUGUUGAAAAACGACCAUACCGAUACAAGUUUGCUGAUAAAAGACUACGCAAACAAGAAGAUUUGUUAAGGUAUAAAAAUGAAGUUGAAUACAAAUAUAGUGUAAAGCAGGAAAAAAUAGACCUUGAUAAUCUUGAAAAAGAAAAAAGAUUCAAUUUAAACGCCAAGAUAGAGUACGAGCCAUAUGAACGACGUAUUACUGCCAGUGGAAAAUAUACAAAACCAAUUGAAAACAUUACCAGAAUCAUAGAUCCCAGUAAGAACGUCAGUAAGACAGAUUUUAAUCUGGGUGUUCUAAAAGACCUAGCACUGAAAUCCAAUAUACCACCUUAUUACAUCAACUUUUGGUUUGAAAAAUGUACAUGCUACGAGGAAAAUCUUUGUACGUGAAAAAGUUGUGCGUAUAACUGUUACAUGUGAUUUCAUAAUACUAAUACUUUUUAAAAUUA